AAAGCAGAAUAGUUCAACACUCGUUUAAUUUUAGGUUAUGUUCAUAAAGUAAUUUUAAUAACAGAAUUAGACUAAAAUAAAGGCAAUAUGUCUAAAACUGCUCGAUUAAAAACAGCAAAGAAAGUCGUUGAAAAAGUUCAACAUGGAAUACUGAAAACCAAUAUUCCAGCAGGAUUGGCUGCAGCCGGACCUCCACUCGGUCCAAUGCUCGGACAAAGAGGCAUCAACAUAGCCGCUUUUUGUAAAGACUUUAAUGAAAGGACUAGCGAUAUUAAGGAAGGUAUACCAUUACCAACACGUGUAUACGUCCACCCAGAUCGUAGUUAUGAGCUAGUGAUUCACAAGCCCCCAGCUACAUACUUUCUAAAACAAGCGGCAGGUAUACAGCGAGGCGCUAUGAAAGUUGGUCACGAAGUGUCAGGGAAGGUAUCUUUAAAACACAUCUACGAAAUUGCAAAGAUUAAGAUACAAGAUCCUCCUUUACAAAUACGUACUCUUGAAUAUGUGUGUUUAAUGUUAUGCGGUAUAGCUCGAUCUUUGGGACUGCAGGUUGUAAAGGAUUUGGAUGCGAAAGAAUAUGGAGAGUUUUUAAAAGAGCGAGCAGUAAUUGUAGAGCAACAGAAAAAAGAAUUACAAGAAAAGAAAGAAGCAAAACUGUUGCGAACAGGUUGAUAGAUUGUUCACAGAUUGUGUGUAUUUGUAGUUUUUGUUAUAGAAUAAAUACGUUUAAAUUAAGACUA